AUGGACGGUCCUGCAUCUUCCCUUCCCUACACCUGCAACACUUGCCUUGUUGCUUUCCGCGGCAGCGAUGCGCAGCGGGUGCACAUGCGCACUGACUGGCACUUGUAUAAUAUGAAGCGUCGUAUCGCCUCUCUUCCCCCCGUGUCCCAGGAAACCUUCAACGAAAAGGUUCUUGCCGCCAAAGCCACCACCACUGCCGCUGCCGCCAAGGCAUCCUUCGAGACGACCUGCGUCGCUUGCCAGAAGACCUUCUACAGCGAGAACUCCUACCAGAACCACAUCAAGAGCUCCAAGCACAAGGCUCGUGAGGCUCGCAUGAGCCGGGAAAAUGCCGACGAGUCGUCCUCCGUCAUGAGCUCCACCUUCUCCCUGGGAGAACCCAUCAACAAGCCCCGCGUCGGAGAGUCCGAGGUUAACAAGGUCGCCGAGACCCUCAAGGAUGCUACCAUCAAGGAGGAGAGCAAUGAAGACGAGGAGAUGUCUGAUGAUGGGUUCUUUGCGUCUCGUUGUCUCUUCUGUCUGCAGAAGUCGGAGAAUGUGGAAGAAAACACCGAGCACAUGUUCAAGACCCAUGGCAUGUUCAUUCCCGAGAAGGACUACCUUGUUGACCUUGAGGGUCUUCUCCACUACCUGUGGCGCAAGAUCAACGAGAACAGCGAAUGUACCUACUGCCAUAUGAUCCGCAACACCCCUGAAGGCAUUCGCACCCACAUGAAGGACAAGGGCCACUGCAUGAUCGCUUUCGAGUCUGAGGCCGAGCAGAUUGAGAUUGGCCAGUACUACGACUUCCGCAGCACCUACUCAGACGACGAAGAGUGGGAGUCCACCGGCAGCGAGACACAUGAGGAAGGAGGCGUCAAGGUUGACGGCGAAGACGAGGGAUGGGAGACAGACGCCUCAUCCAUGGACGAGGACGAGGACGACCUCGACAACCGCAAGCGCGCGCCCGUCGUCUAUGCUACCGAUUACGAGCUGCAUCUGCCCUCCGGUCGCAGUGUCGGUCACCGCUCCCUUGCCAAAUACUACCGCCAGAACCUGCACAACUACCCCACCGCAGAGGAGCGUGCCGAGCGCCAACUUGCCAUCGAGAACGGCGAGAUCGAGGAAGAGGAGCCGAAGCCUCGUGGCCGCAACCUCAACCGUGCGCUUAUCACCCGUGCCAAUGGCGGUACUGGUAUGAUUGGAACGACGGAUUCCCAGAAGAGGGACGUGAUGAUCAGCGAGCGCAAGGAACGCCAGAGAGCCAUGCGACAAGAGCAGCGCUUCACGGCACGGGUCAACCGGCAAGCCAACCACCAGAAACACUUCAGAGAUCCUCUCCUGCAAUGA